CUUUUACAUUAUUUUUGGAUCCCCUGUGUGCUCGCUCGAGUGUUUGUUUAACUAAUUCUAACUGUCUAUCUGGUUGUGUUAUGUCUUCGAGUUUAUUUGGUGUACCUGUACGAGGGGUGCCUUUUAUAUGUCAGGAUUUGGCAACCCUGGUGUUGCAAUCUGGCAACUGACAGCUGUAUCGCAAAUUUUGACAUUUUUUGACAUUUACGUACUCAGAACGUUUUGAAAUACCAGCGCUAUUUGUGUUGUUUACAGUAACUUAAAAGAUUCAUCUCGGUCCAAAAAUGGAAUUAAAUCGUGAACAUUUCCGUGCGAUUAUUUUUUACAACUUUCGACGUGGAUUAACUCAGCUACAUUGCAUGGAUGAACUUAAUUCAUUUUUUUGCGAUGAAGCUCCAUCAAGGACCAGUGUUUAUCGAUGGUAUGGUGAAUUCAAUCGUGGUUGUAGUUCACUCCAAGACGAAUUUCGUGAAGGUCGUCCAAAAUCAGUUGUUGUUCCGAAAACCAUUGAUGCUGUGCGCGAACUGAUAUUGCAAGAUCGUCAUGUGACCUAUCGUGAGAUUGAGACAAUCUUAGGCAUUAGUGGGACCAGCAUACCUUCAAUAUUGCAUAAGCAUUUGACUGUCAAAAAAAUUUGUUCGCGUUGGAUCCCACACAAUUUGUCAAUCGCUCAAACAAAGGCUCAUGUCGAUUAGUCGAAGGAAAUGCUCAAAAAAUACGAUCGCGGGGCCUCGAAACACGUCUAUGACAUCGUGACAGGUGAUGAAUCAUGGAUUUACGCGUAUGAGCCCGAAAGUAAACAGCAGUCGAAUGUAUGGGUGUUUCAAGAUGAGCAAAAUCCAACAAAAGUUUUUCGCGCACGAAGCACUUCCAAGCAAAUGGUCGCCUGUUUUUUCGGAAAAACUGGACAUGUCGCAACCGUACCACUAGAACAACGCAGAACAGUAAAUUCUGAGUGGUACACAACCAUUUGUUUGCCAGUUGUCUUCCAAGAAAUUAGGAAAACCAAUCGCCAAAGACGGAUCACCAGGAUUCACCAGGACAAUGCGAGCUUUCACACAUCGGCUCAAACAACUGCAUUUUUGAGCACCCAAAACAUCGAAUUAAUGGGUCAUCCGCUGUAUAGUCCUGACUUGGCCCCGAAUGACUUCUUUUUAUUCCCGUACGUAAAAAACAUGCUGAGAGGUCAACGUUUUUCGACACCUGAAGAAGCGGUUGCGGCAUUCAGAAUGCAUGUUUUGGAGGUACCUCAUUGAGAGUGGCAAAAGUGCUUCGACAAUUGGUUCAAACGCAUGCACAAGUGUAUAGAUCUUCAUGGAGAAUAUUUUGAGAAACAAUAAAGUGAUUUUCGAUGAUUAAAAUUUGUUUUUGUUCUCUAGUCCCGACAUAUAAAAGGCACCCCUCGUAUUACAUGAGGGAACUUCAAUUCUCAACCUUAAAACUGUCAAAAAAUAGCGUUGUACUACCGACAACAAAAGAGUACGCAAAAUUCAAAAUACCCGUUCUUAAGGGGGCACGGAUUACUAAAUGAAAUUUGCAAAAAUAGCAAGUAGUUAAGCAGACUCAUUACAGAAACACUUUUGUCCUUAUAGAUCUCAAUGAAUGUAUUUUAACGAAUCCAUGCAGAUCGCAUCAACGUUGUGUUAAUACAAAUGGUUCAUAUCGCUGUCAAAACUUAUUACAGUGCUCAGCAGGCUACAAAUCUGCACCGGAUGGUACGCAAUGCGUAGAUAUUGACGAGUGCGAAUCUGGAGAGCAUCAUUGUGCCGAGAAUCAAAUUUGUCGUAAUCGCAAUGGUGGAUAUAUCUGCUCAUGCCCACCAGGCCAUCAACUGUCUCGCAUGCGAAAUGACCUGAGCCUUUGCGUGGACAUAAAUGAAUGUGACCAAGCGCAUCCGACCGUAUGCCCAUCAAAUGCUCACUGCCUAAACACAAUUGGUUCAUAUUAUUGCGAAUGUAAGUCUGGUUUUCAAAAGAGCAAAGACAAUGAACAUAUUUGCCUGGAUGUAGACGAGUGUCAAGAAAUUCAGGGAUUGUGUCAACAGAAGUGUGUUAAUUAUUGGGGUGGUUACCGCUGCACGUGCAACCAAGGAUUCGAGCUGGGUGCAGACAAUCGCACUUGCAAUGAUGUGGACGAAUGCGAAGUGCACAAAACUUACACACUUUGUAUGGGCUACUGUAAUAAUGUACCUGGUUCUUAUGAAUGCUCAUGUCCACGUGGUUAUUUGCUGUCUGUAGAUAAAACCACUUGCCGUGAUAUAGAUGAGUGUGCGACAGGUGAAUUUUGUACGGGGCGUAACGACAUAUGCACUAAUAUACAUGGAAGUUUCAAAUGCACUACUAUACAUUGCCAGUAUGGUUAUGUUAAUGAUCCGGAUCAGAGAAAUCGCUGCCGUUUGACCAACAACCUAUGUGAAGGCGAUGAAUGCUAUAGCAAACCAUCUGCUUAUACAUAUAAUUUCAUUACUCUGAUCUCCAAGUUAAGUAUACCGCCUGAAGGUAGGAUCAUAUUUAGCCUACGUGGACCGCUUUGGUAUGAUGCUAUAGAUUUUGAUUUGAAAAUUAUAAAAAUUCAAGCUGCAGCCAACAUCGAGAAGGCGUUAGGCAACCAUUUUGAUACCAUAAAGGGCAAGCAUGAAGUGCACCUGCAACUAAAGCGUUCGCUGCAGGGACCACAGGAGAUCGAGCUGGAACUCAGUAUGACAGUGUUUACAAACGGCAUGCCUCGAGGCAAAAGCGUUGCUAAAAUAUUUAUUUUAGUGUCCCAACACACUUUCUAAUAUGAACAUAUACAUGCAUAUGUAAUUAGAAAAUAUGUAGCACGAACGCGAAAGUUGAGAGUGGUUGCUGCACUGCGUGUUACAUUUUGUACAAAGUUUUGCUUUUUUUUGUAAUUUAAGUUGAGUUAUCCAAAACGGCCAUAUAGUACACUGCAAAAGAUUUUUUAAAUAAAGUAAAUAAAUCGUUGGGUUAGUCUUCAAAUAUGGUAAGUUCAUUUUUAGUUUUUCAGGAGGGACGAGUACCCGGCUAACUUUUUCGUUGUUGAUAUUUUCUAAAUCUGUAAAUGUAAUUUUCUUCCAUAAGCCAACUUGUUCCAACACCAAUAAUCGGACAAUUUCAAAAUAGAGCUGUUGCAGACUUAUACGCUAUUUUGUGGCUUGCCAGAUUUUCUCUUUAUAAUUUUGCUCUUUCAAUGUAAUUUAACAUUUAAUAUUAUAUAAUUUAACAUUUUUAAAAAUAGCUUUGUUUGCUGUUAACAAAAAUAGUUUAAUUCUUAAAUUUGUGUACUAUUAAUAAAAUACGUGUGUACUAUUAUAAACGAAACUAAAAAAUGAAAAAAAAUAACUCAUUGGUGAAGCAUAUCAUCAAAAAAUGUAUGAUUCCGAUUGGUUUUGGCCAAACACCCAAAAAGGGUGUAAUACUAAUACAUCUAUAAAACUGAACGGUAUUAAUGAAAAUAAGUGACAUUAUAGGUUCCGAAUUUUUCCCAACAUAAAAAAUUAUUUGAAGCAGUGUUCCUAUGUACAGAACCUAAAGGUACAAGAAUAUUACGUCUGCAGCAAAAUAUGAUAUAUGCAGAAGUCGAAGGCCCUCAUAAAUAAACGGAAAGUUCCUGUAAAAAGCGGUGUUAAUGUAUCCAAAUACACGAUUCGAGGACGUUUACGUGAAAAAACCUGAAUUUCGGAGUACAUUGGAAAAAAAGGCUGCUCAUUAUCAGACGUUUGGCAUGGAUUGAUGAUAUCCGCUUCAUAUUUCUUGCCGAUGAAAUUUUAAAAAAUAAUUCUAAGUAAAGCUAACCAAAUGAUGAAUGUAUAUUCAAAAAAGUAGAUAUGUAUGUAUAAGGAUAUUCAAAUUAUAAAUAAAAUGUUUUCAAAGCGUAAUAAAAUCUAAAAAAAAAAAGAGGUUGUC